AAACGAAACGCUUGUUGUUGUUGUUGGUUGCACAGGGAGGCACAAAGAGUGGCAAAGCAAAGGGCAAUGGGCAGGCAGACCCGCGCGGCCAUCCUCCUCUAGAACCUUCCACGGCCCCACCUCCUCCUUCGUUCCUCCGCUCACCCCAACCCUCCUCGGCUCCUCCCUCCACGCCUCUCCUCGUCGACGAGCGGACCCGGUCUACGCCCCCGACCCCCACCCCCGUCCCUGCCCCCGUCCCCGCCCCCUCCCGAUCCCAGAUCCCGCCCUCCCAUCGGGGCAUCAGCCAUGGAUCAGAGCCGGCGGGCGGUGGAGUCGUACUGGCGAUCGCGGAUGGUGGACGGUGUCACGGCCGACGACGACAAGGUCGCGCCCGUCUACAAGCUCGAGGAGAUCUGCGAGCUCCUGCGCGCCUCCGACGCCAGCAUCGUCAAGGAGGUCGCCGAUUUCGUCCUCAAGCGCCUUGACAACAAGAGCCCCCUCGUCAAGCAGAAGGCUUUAAGGUUGAUCAAAUACGCAGUUGGAAAAUCUGGUACUGAUUUCAAGAGGGAGAUGCAAAGGCACUCAGCGGCUAUGCGCCAACUAGUUCAUUACAAAGGCCACCCUGAUCCCUUAAGAGGGGAUGCCCUUAAUAAGGCUGUUCGCGAAACUGCGAAUGAGGCUAUAGCUGCAAUUUUCUCCACAGAGGACCCUAAACCUGCUGUUGCAACCGAAAGUCUUGGCAAGCGCAUACAGGGCUUUGGAAAUACUAAUUACGAGCCAUCUAGAGAUGACAAGAAGUCUUUCCUUAGCGAGCUUAGCGAGGUAGUGGGUAUUGGAAGUGCAUCCAUUAAGCAGGGGUUGAGCAACUUUGCUGCAGCGCAUGCAAUGAUGACAAAUGACAAUGGUAGCACAUACAGGAGCCCUAAUCUCCGUAGAUCUUUGACCACGGAAUCUGAAAGAUAUGGUCGGUAUGAUCCAAGUGAAAUUCAACGUGAGAGCCGAGCCUCAUCUGAUGCUUCAAAGAAUGCACCUUCUGGUCCUUGGGGUCCAACUUCCAGUUCUACACCAACUGAUGAAACUAGCUCAAGUCAACCAGGGAUUAAGACUCGUGAAGAAAGACUUCUAGAGACAAUUGUUACUGCAAGUGGUGUGCGAUUGCAACCAACGCGAGAUGCUCUGCAAAUUUUUUUCGCAGAAGCUUCCAAAUUGGAUGCAGUUGCCUUGAGCCGUGCACUUGAGAGCAAACUGAAUUCUCCAUUAUGGCAGGUUCGCAUGAAGGCUAUUUGUGUGUUAGAAGCCAUUGUAAGGAAACAGGAUACUGAUCCUUACUCUAUCAUCGCUUCAUAUUUCACUGAGAACACAGCUUCUGUUGUUAAAUGCUCUGAGCUGCCACAGGUUUCUCUCAGAGAGAAAGCCUCAAAGGUCUUGAAUAUGCUGAUUGGGGAACAACCUACCGGAACCGCAGCAACAAAAGCUGCGAUGCCCACACCUGUUCAGAUGCCUGAUUUGAUCGAUACAGGUGAUCAAGAUGAUCUGGCAACAAGUUCUGGACAUGCAAGCAUUGAACAGAAUUCUGGGAACAGUGCAUAUGUUUCUUCAGUUGAUGAUUUGCUUGGUGGUGAACCUAUUUCUGAUACAAGUGUCACUGCUGAUAGUAAUGGAAGCGACCCAUUUGCAGAUGUAUCAUUCCAUGAGGCAGAGACUAAGGAGACUAAUGAUCUGUUCUCAGGGUUGACAGUAGAAGAGAAAUCAUCAACUACCAUGCAUGAUAGUUCUUCGGACAAAAAUGAAUUACCAGAUAUCUUUGGCAGCUCCCCUGAUUCUUUCAACCAGGGUAGUGUUACUGACCAAGGAACUGUCAAUGAUUUGAUUGCUGGCUUGAACCUUAAUGGAACAGGCCAUGCUCAGUCUGCAGUUAAAGCAGAACCCAAUAGCAACAGUGGUUCACAGUUCUUUGAUACAAAAAAUGAGUCCGGCCAUGUGCCAAGUGCUGCAACAUUGAAUGACAUUCUUGGUCAAAACUCGCUUUACCAACAGCAGCAGACUCCAUUGCAGUACAGCUUUCCUCAACAUAUGAUGCUCAAUCAAUCAUUUCCUGGACAACAAUUAAAUUAUGGUGCCAUGGGGAUUCUUCUUGCUCAGCAGCAGCAGUUACUGCAAAGUUUUGGAAAUUUCAAUGCUGGACUUGGGAAUUCUUCUUUCAAUUCGAUGAACGGUGGGAAUACAUCUGUGCUUCCAGAUAUUUUCAAUUCAAGUAAUCAACCUCAAAAUCAUGUUGCAGUGAUGAGCAGUUCGAAGAAAGAUGACAAUAAAGCUUUUGAUUUUGUUUCGGAUCACCUUGCAGCAGCACGUGGUUCAAGAAAGUGAAACAGGAAGCAAUGAACAUGUCCAGAUGCUGGAAAGAGCUCAAGUAUUUGAUGGACACAAUAGCUGGGAAUUCCAAAAACUGCAUCUCGUCACAGCCUCGCAGAUUGGAUGCGUGAUUCACACGGCUGGUUUGGCAUUGUUUGAACACAUGAGAAGGAAGGGUUGUUCCAUACGGUUGGAAGACGAGAUGUUGCGUUGUGUACUAUGUAUUUAGACGAAGACUGUUCUUUUUUACGCUGAAAAAUAAAUUGCAUCUUCCGUCUUUCUUUGUGUUGUGCUCCUUUUCUCUAUCCUUUUUCUUUUCUAGAAAAAAAAAGAGUGAGACACUAUACGUGUUUGUUACCUGCAGGUUUUAUGUUUCUUUUCUGUACAAGUAUAUGGAGGAUUUUUUUGGUGGCAAUUGUAAAGCUUUGGAACGUGAAUAAGAGGGUGCAGUAUGAUAUGUGCUGCUACAUGAUCCUGGCAAUGCUGCCUCGUGAUAUU